AUGUUAAAUAAAAAAUUAAAAAUUAAUCAUUUUAUUGAUAAUAAUAAUUAUGAUGAAAAUAAUGAAAAAUUAUUUUGGAAAGUUUAUAAAAAUAAAUAUUUAUUAAAAAACAUUUGGAAACAUGCUAGAUUAUUUGGUAAUGUUUAUUAUUUAACAAAAUAUAUUUAUUUUGAACAAGAUUCUCUUUUGAAUUAUCCAUAUUGGUCUUAUAUUACAGUGAUUGCAUUAGUUGGUGAAUUUAAUUAUCCUUUAAAAAAGAUAUUGCCACCAUACAUAACAAGAUUAACAUUAAGAGAAUAUUCAAAUAAUAAUGAUGAUGGUGAUCAAUCAUUACCAGAUACAAUUAAUAAUUUAACUAUAAUGGAUAAAUUACCAACAAAUAGUGGUAAUAAUAAAUCGAAAUUAAUAAUUCCAAAAUCAGUUGUUAGAUUAGUAUUUGGUGGUAGAUUUAAUCAAGUUAUACCAAUUGGGUUUAUUGUACCAACUAUAAAAUAUUUAAAAUUUUGUUAUUCAUUUGAUCAAGAGAUAAAACCAUUCGUUUUACCAUCAACACUUUUACAUAUUCAAUUUGGUAGUAAAUGGAAUAAAUAUUUAGAAUUUAAUUAUAAUUUACCAAUGGGUUUAAAAACUUUAAUAUUAGGUUCAAAUUAUAAUGGUACAAUUAAUGGUCCAAUCCCAAACUCAUUAGAAUUGAUUCAUUUACCUUGGUAUCAUUUAGAUAAUAUUCAUAAAAAUAUAAAUUUAUUUAAAAAUAUAAAUUCAAAUUCUUUAAUUUAUAUUGGUACAGAAUUAAUAAAAUCAAAAAAUAUAUUUUCAUAUUUUAAAGAUUUGGAAAAUAAUAAUAAUAAAGAAGAUGAAGAUGAAGAAGAAAAUGAAAUUAAUAUUGAAAAUUUAAAUGAAAUUAAUAAAUUAAUAAUUGCAAGUAAAAUUGAAAAUUUACCAACAAUUUGGCCAAAAUCAAUAAAAGAGUUAACAAUUAUUAAUGAAAUUUCAAAUGGUAUUAAUGGUAAAAUUCCUCAAACAAUUGAAAAAUUGAUAUUUUUUAGUAGAGAAUUCCUUUCAACAAGAUUUUUUAAUUCAAAAUUAUUAUCAAAUGAUUUACCAGAUACUAUUAAAAUAUUAGAUUUAGGUAUUCAAAUCAAAGUACCUUCAAAAUUACCAAAUUUAAAAGAAUUAUAUUUUAAUCCAAAUCUAAUGGAUUCAUCAUCAUUCAAUCUAUCAUUAUUACCAUCAUCAUUGGAAAUUUUAAAAAAUAAUAAUCAAAAUCAAUUUUAUCCAAUUUCAAAAAAAUUAUUAAAAAAUCAUUUUAAAAAUUUAAAACAAUUAAAUGGUUUUUUAAUUGUAAAUGAUAAUGAUAAUGAUGAUAAUGAUUCAUAUGAAGAUAAUGAUAAUAAUAACAUUGAAAAUUAUACAAUUAAUAAUUUAUUAAAUGAAAUUGAUUUAAAUAAUUUACCAAUUAAUAAUAAAUUUAAAAGUUUAGUUAUUAAAGGUGAUUAUAAAUUAGAGAUUUUAAAAUUAAUUGAUUGUCCAAGUUUAAAAAAUUUAGAAUUAACAUUAUUAAAUGAAGAAUAUGAAGAUUCAUUCACACUAUUAUUUAGAUCAUUACCAAAAUCAAUUGUACAUUUAAAAGUUUAUUGUGAUUUAUUUCCAGAUUCCCCAAUUCAGUCAAUAGAUAUUAAUGAAAAUUUAACAAAUAUUGAUUUAAUAUUGGGUGAUCCAUGGGGUAAACCAAUGUCAAUAAUUGAAAUUGAUAAUUUAACAAUUAAUAAUUUAAUAAUAAGAACAAAUUGUAAAUAA